UAAUCUGCCGAAUCCAAGUCCCACUAAGAUUUUAUUAAAUCUCCUUCUCUUUUUUUGGGAAUGAAAACUCUACCCCAAUAAAAAAAAAACUCUCGACCCUCUGAGUUCAAAUAUUUCUAAUUACAAUUCCCAAUUUUUUUGACAAAACCCUUGCUUGCCCUUCUUCUAUCAUCGACAACUCAUUGAUGUACUUUAUGAAUUAAACUUAUUUAUUUAUUUAUUUAUUUUUGUGAAUACCCCUGGAAAAAUUUCUGGGUCCGCCACUGCUUAGGCCUUAGAGUGUCGAGUCUCCAUCCAGAAACUAAGGCCUUAGAGUGUGCUAAUUCUUUAUUGUGUUGGUUAACUUGUGCGCUUUUUUAUAUGAUUAAUAGCGAUUAAUUAUACGGAUAUUUCUUAUUCGACGAGGUUAUCGAGUAAGCACAUAACCACUAAACAAAGAAUAUUACUAAUCCAGGUCACUACAUUUAUAUAAUUUGCGGUUAACCACUAACCACACGGUCGCGAUUCGAUGUCUAUUACGCAAAAAACCGUAACCAAGUAACCAACCUUACUCUUUGGCUGUCUCUAGGGCUGCAAAUGAGCCAAGCCGCUCGCGAGCAACUCGGCGUUCGAAUCGGAAAAAACUCGUUCGACACUCGACUCGUUAUUUAACAAGCCGGCUCGCGAGCCAACUUGUUAGUUAACGAGCCAAGCCUGAGCUAGACCAUGCUCAGCUUGAUAAGCUCGUGAGCUAGCUUGAUUCGGUGGCUUGUCGAGCUAAGCUCGCGAGCUGCCUUGUUUUGAGCUUGUGGAAGGAUGAAUUACUCUUUUAAACAUGAACAUUGUCUUAUAAUACAGAUGUGUAUGAAAUUUAGAUGUUAUUUCUAGUUUCUAGUGUUCUUUCUAUCAUUUAAAUUCUUAUGUUUAUACAUUUUUCCAGCAAAAAUGAUUUUAAAUCGAGCUCAUCUUGAGCCGAGCUUGUACUCAGCUUAACAAGCUAUGUUAAUGAGCAUUUAUCGAGCUCUACCGAGUCGAGCUCGAGCUAGAUUAUUUUUAUUCAAGCCGAGCUCGAGCUCGAGCUGGAUUAUCAAAAUUCGAGUUCGAGCCGAGCUCGAGCUGAAAAAUUAAUAAACGAGCCGAGCUCAAGCUAAGCAAAAACUCGACUCGACUCGGCUCGUUUGCAGCCCUCUGUCUCCUUGCGGUGGCUGACCAACUGCAUUCAUAUAUUUGUUCCGACGUCAACUUUGUCAAGAUUGUAUAGAUGGAAAUUAACUGCCACUUCCCCCGAAUCCAAUUCCCUUUUUUUAAUUCCUUCCCAUAAAAUGAAAACUUUCUCUAAUCAAUCACACAGGACCAAAGAUUCGUUCACCCAAUCGACUAACUCAAAUUUCAACUUUAGCCUCCCUCCGCUACGCUUCUGCUCAACGGCGUUCUCCCGAUGCCUCUCCACCAUUACCGUCCACCUCCAAAUCAUGGCGGCAUAACUAGCACGCCGCAGCAGCAAGUUACUCAUCAGCCACCCGCCAUGGACGUUCUCUCUCAAUUGCGUCACCAGCUCGCUGACUACACCAACUCCUUGCAUCGCGAUGGAUUUCUAGACGACCAGUUUUCUCAGCUUCAGCAACUGCAAGAUGAGAGCAGCCCUGAUUUUGCGAUGGAAGUUGUGUCUCUCUUCUUUGAAGAUUGUCAGAAGCUUGUUACCAACAUGGCCAGAGCUCUCGAACUGCAGGCUGUAGAUUUCAAACAGGUCGAUUCCAGUGUUCAUCAAUUGAAGGGUAGUAGUUCCAGUGUUGGGGCAGCAAGGAUUAAGAAUCUGUGCGUCGCGUUUAAAACUUGUUGCGAUUCACAAAACCGGGAUGGGUGUAUGCGAUGUUUACAAGAAGUGAAUCGUGAGUGUGUUCUGUUGAAGAACAAGCUCCAGACUCUGUUCAGGCUGGAGCAGCAGAUAAUCAGCGCUGGUGGAUCGAUUCCUAUGUAGAGAAGAAGAAGAAGAAGAAGCUGGCUGAAGAGUGAUUGUUGUACAAGGCCUUUUUUGUGUGUGUGAAAGUUAUAAUUACUCUUUGUAGUUGCUGUCCUGGGUUGCCUUGAGCUGAUCUUGGUAAGAUUUAAGAGUGUGAUAAGGUGAAAUAAACGAAGUAUCUUUGUAGCACAUUGCAAAAAGCAUAUAGAGUUUUGUUUGCUUUUGUGGUGGUGGUCUAGUAAGAACUGUUCUUGUCUUGCUUUAGGCGAGAAAUUUGUCCAUGUCAAUGGCUCCACUGCUGUAUGGGUUUCCGUGUUUGCCUAGUUACUUCUAUCCGCCAAAUUUACAAGGGACAAGUAGACUAUGAAGAUAUUGUAUCUAAAAUUUGCUUAUCAAAAUGUAGCUCCCGAUUUAGCUUUUGUAAGCAUUUUUAGUUAAAUUUAGGUGUGGACGCCAAUAAUUAUUUCUUAGCCGUUGGAAGACAGAUUCAAGCGACAAUAACCUCCAACGAGGCACGACUGCACGUCUAAUUUGAGAUUACUGCUAGCAGGUUCUGACUUCCAGUAGCUAAAAAUAACCAGACCGCUAAUACAUACAAACAAUUACAAAUCUUUCGACAAUAAAUAAGUCAAAAAAGU